AUGGAAGAAGAUACUCAGCAGUACAUUGAAAAGAGAGAGGAAGCAAUUACUAAAUUAACCAAGUCCAUUGCCGAAAACCUCGUUGGCUUUGACGCUCUGAUCGAUGGCCCCUUCGAAUCUCACAGACAGACGUACGUUGACUACGCUGCGUCUGGAAAAGCCGUCAAGUUUAUCGAAGAUUACAUUGCGAACGAAGUGCUCCCCGUGUACUCGAACACGCACACGUCCUCCUCUUUUACGGGCAUCCAAACCAGUUGUUUCCGGGAAGAGGCGCGCGGCAUCAUUCGCGAUACGUACCGAUGCACGGACAGCGACGUGAUUCUGUUUGCCGGGAAUGGCUGUACGGGUGCGGUGAACACCUUCGUUCGCAUUUUGGGCAUCGAGCGAAAGCAAUCUGCCUACGGCACCUCCACCCCUGUGCAUCCGGUCAGCGAUGAUUCGAAUCGUCCGAUCAUCUUCAUCGGUCCGUUCGAGCAUCACAGCAACAUCCUCCCCUGGCGCGAGGCCGACGUGGACUUCGUGCAGCUGGGCGUGAACGCCGAAGGCGGGCUCGAUCUGAGCGAGCUGCGCGCGCUGCUUCGCCGGUUCAAAUCGCGCCCUCUGCGCCUCGUCUCGCUGUCUCACGUCAGCAAUGUGACCGGCCUCGUGACGGAGAUGUCUCCGGUGAACCAGCUCGUGCAUGAGGAGGGCGCAUUGAUCUGCUGGGACUGCGCGACCGCGUGCGCCCACGAAGCCCCCGCGAUGAACAACACGUCCGUGAAUCCCCGCGACUACUGCGACGCGCUGUUCUUCUCUCCGCACAAAAUGGUGGGCGGCGUCGGCUGUCCCGGGCUCCUCAUCCUCAAAAAGAAACUCCUCGUGAACGAAACGCCCAACCUCCCCGGCGGCGGGACGAUCUUCUUCGUGGACGCGUCGACGCACCGGUACACGCAGGUGCUGACGGAGCGGGAAGAGGGCGGGACGCCGAACAUCGUGGGCGCGAUCCGAUUGGGCCUCGUGCUCCACAUGCACAACCAGCUCGGAUGGGCCUGGAUUCGCCAGCGCGAGCAGGCCUAUUACGAAGACACGCUGCGCGUUUUCCGCGCGCAUCCGAACAUCGUGGUGCUCGGCGACGACAACGACCAGCCCAAGUCCCCCGUGAUUUCCUUCCUCGUCAAGUUCCACGGCCGCUACCUGCACUGGAACUUCGUGAGCAUGCUCCUCAGCGAUCUCUUCGGCAUCCAGACGCGUUCCGGCUGCGUCUGCGCGGGUCCGUACUCCAUGCAAUUGCUCGGCAUCGACCCCGCCAAGGCGCGCAUUCUCGACCAAAUCCUUCUCGACAAGAACGAGAUCUUCCGUCCCGGAUACACCCGUCUGAGCCUUUCCUACGUGCUCACCCCCGAGGAAGUCCAGUUCGUGCAGGACGCCGUGGUGUUCGUCAGCGAAUUCGGCUGGGAGUUUCUCCCCGAGUACGUGUUCUACGAGGACACGGCGGAGUGGCGGCAUCGCUCCAUCAAGAACAAGAAGCCCUUCCGCCGCUGGCUCAACGACGUGUCCUUCCUCGACGGCGCGCUGCGCUACGAGCCCAAGGCGAAGCAGGUUCCCGGGCUCACCACCGAUCGCUCCUCGCUGCAGCCGCUCUUCGACGCCACCUUCCAGCAAGCCCGCGCGCAGCUGGGCAAAGCCGAGGCCGCCAUCCGCGCGCCCAACUACGUGGUCAGCGAGUACAAGGCCGGCAACGUCAAGAACGCGCAGUCCGCGCUCGUCGAGACCUACCGCUGGUACGUCACGCCUAUCGAGGCCUACAACGACGUGCGCAGAGGGUACCGCCCCGCGGGGGACGAGGCCGUGCUCCCGCAGAUCUUGAUCCACGUGCGACCGCGCGGACAAACCGGGGAAACCGGGGAAACCGGGAACCCAACGGAGACACCGGAGGAAGAAUCGGAGAACCAAACGGAGAACCAAACGGAGAACCAAACGGAGAACCAAACGGAGAACCAAACGGAGAAAUCAUCGGAGAACCAAAAGGAGAACCCAUCGGAGAAACCGUCGAACCCAUCGGAGAGCGCGGAGUCUCUGAAACGCCCGUCUGCGGCGUCGACGAAAUUCGCGGUGAAGUUGGGCGCGAAGAAGGCGCGCGCGGCGAGCUGCGCGGCGAGCUGCGCGGUGAGCGCGAGCGGUCGGGAGAUCGUUCCGCUGUCGGUGGUGGCGAUGGUGCAGGAGCCCGGCGUGGAGUUCCGCUACCGCACCGGCGUGGACGGGUCGCUGGAGUUCACCGCGGUAGUGCCGGGAAUGGAGUUCGCGGAGCGCGUGCGGUACAUGAAGGCGCACAAGGAGCUGUUCCCCGCGGUUCCGAGCCGGCUGAUGAAGCUGCUGGGGCAGGCGAUCGGGCACUUCGAGAUGCUGAAGGAGGGCGACCGCGUGAUGCUGGGGCUGAGCGGCGGGAAGGACAGUCUGACGAUGCUGCACUGCCUGCUGCAGCUGCAGCGACGGUCGCCGACCAAGUUCGAGCUGGCCUGCGUGACGGUGGACCCGCAGACCACGGGGUUCGAUCCGAGUCCGCUGCGCGAUUACUGCAAGGCGCUGGGAGUGAAGUACUUCUACGAGUCCCGCGCGGUGAUCGCGCUGGCGAAGAAGAAGCUGAAGAACGGGUCGAUCUGCAGCUGGUGCAGCCGCAUGAAGCGCGGAAUCCUCUACAGCACCAUGCGCAGAGAGAAGUACAACGUGCUGGUGCUGGCGCAGCAUCUGGACGACCUGGCGGAGUCGUUCUUGAUGUCGGUGUUCCACAACGGCGUGCUGCGCACCAUGAAGGCCUGCUAUCUGAACAAAGAGGAGGACAUCCGCGUGAUUCGGCCCUUCGUCUACGUGCGCGAGAAGCAGCUGCGCGAGUUCGCCAAGUCGAUGAAUUUGCCCAUCAUCGAUGAGAAUUGCCCGGCGUGCUUUGAGGGGCCCAAGGAACGCUACCGAAUGAAGACGCUGCUCGCCGCCGAGGAGAAUCUGUUCCCCAACGUGUUCAACUGCAUUUUAUCCGCGAUUAUCCCGCUGAUGCGGCACAAAAGCGCGAUUGGCUGCGCCAUGGAGCGAAUGACCCCGCGGGAAAUGCGCGGCCAGCUGCACACGAUGCUGAAGGAGCAUGGAAUGCAGCCGGGAACGAAGAUGGAUUUGGAGGACGGCGAUGGCGAUGCUGUGGAUGCUGUGGACGACGUGGACGACGAGGAUGAGGGCUAUGAGACGUUUGAAUGAGCGGAUUUUGUUGUUUAG